AAUGGUGGGUGGUUUCACAUUUCAAUCAUAAAUGUGCGGGCUACAAUCAUGCCUCAUUAAGAAAGGUUCUGAUUAUAUUUUAGAGUUUCUAGAAAACAAGCUCUUCGAAGGGCAACCCCCAUGGUCGUAUUCAGAUUCACUUUUCACUUUUCUCCUUCUUGGAAAGGAAUUUCAGGAAAAGGAUACGGAAGUUUGAAGGAAGGGCAGAACAUGUCGGUUUUCCGAAUAUUGAUCUAGCUUGGACUCAUGGUGCUUAAAAAUUCAUGUUCUAUAGUCGGCAAGCACAUUUUCUAAAUCAGUUUUUUACGUAGAUAACGAAUACAAAUAAACGAGAUCAGAAAUACUUAUGGUUCAAAGACCAUAAGCGAUUUUUCGAAACACGUGUAUUUUUUACGAUUUCAAAGUUUUUUAGUAUUUCACUGUUUUCGACAUGAAAAAUCAACUUUUUCUCAAUGAAUUAUAGAUAUUCGGAAUCAGCCCAUUGAGCUUUAUCAGAAUCUGUAAAGAAAUCUAUAGGUAAAAAACCUAUAGUAAAAUUAAGGUAAAGUGCCAUCCCUAGUAUGAAACAGUAGAUUGUAGGAUAUAGAUUACUAAAAAAAUGUGAUGAAAUUGUAUUAUAUCCAUUAAUAUCAAACUUUGGAUUGGAUAUAACUGAGUGACAUGAAAUCUUGACCGUGCAUUUAUAAGAAUACCUUAUAUACGUUCAAAGCAGUUCACUUACAAUACGUUACAGAAGAAUUCUAUAAAUUCUUAUACGAAUCAUUGCGAUUCUAAUAUUGAUCUUACCAGUUUCGUAUAUAAGAUUCUUAUCAAUAUUCUACGCAUUUCCAUCAACUGCCUUAUUAAGAAAUUCUUAAGAUUCUUGUAGAUAUUCUAUAAGGUUUCUAUAUCAGAUUUGAUCUCUAGGGUUAGAAUUCAGCUUUCUUAGAUAGUUUUUUCAAUGAUCUUGGGGUUCGUAAAACGGCCUCACUGCUUUCAUGAUGUCGUAUACAAAAAUGUAUCGUCACUUAUGCUUAACAUUUCUAAUUCGUGAACAUAACAAUAGUAAGAUUUACUAAAAAGUUAUUUUUUUAUUUAACUUCAACAAUUUUAUUUAGGUUCCUAUUUCACUCCACGAACCAUUAUCUACGACUAUUCAAUCUCCACUAUAUGAAGUUGUACCAUCAUCAAACACAUCUGAUAAUAAUGAAUUAUUUACAUUUGUUGUUAAACGUCGUUCAACUAAUGAAAAUGUAUUUGAUACAAGUCUUGGUAAUUUAAUAUUAUCAGAUCAAUUUCUACAAAUUGUUAUACGUCUUCAAUCAUCAAAUGUCUAUGGUAUGGGAGAAAAUAAUCACGAUACAUUAAAACAUCAAGUUGAUGAAUAUCCGUCAUGGGGUAUAUUUGGAAGAGACCAAGCAAUUGAUUGGGCUACAAAUGCAAAUCAUUAUGGUACAUAUCCAUUUUAUUUAGUUAUGGAACAAAAUUCAUCAACUGGUCUACCUAAUGGUAAUAUGCAUGGUGUACUAUUAUUGAAUUCAAAUGCAAUGGAUUACUCAUUUACACCAAUACCAAGUAUAACAUUGAGAACAAUUGGUGGUAUACUAGAUUUCUAUGUGUUCCUCGGACCUAAACCAGAUGAAGUAAUUAAACAAUAUACAUGGUUAGUUGGAAGACCAAUAAUGCCACCUUAUGUGAGUUUAUAUAUUUAUUCUAAAAUUUCGUUUUUUAAGAUUGUUUCAAUAUAUACCAGUAAAAACUCGAUAUAUUGUCAGUUUUAGAACUCUACUUAUUCGAAAUUUAUAUCAGAAAUCUGAUGUUGUCUCGAUGAUAUUCGACUCAGAAAAUAAAUUUCGAUAAAAGGUUACUUUAUUUUGAAUCUAAUAGCUGGAUUAGUCCUACACACGAAUCGAAACAAGAUUUUCGAAGCUCAGAAUCAGGAUACUAGCGGGUCUGUCUGAGACUUUCGUAGUUUCUUGAUCAAUCAGGUGCAUCUUCUAGAGAGUGACAUAUUUCUAAUUCUGUAUGAUAUAGUAUAGGGCUCGAUUUGGUAAAGCCAAUAUUCUAAUACUUUUUCUUGUCUAAACUAGAUUGUUUAUAGUCGUCGUUUUAAAACGUUCAAAUCGCUACCUUGAAGCCUUAAAACGGAUCAGUUUAGUUGUCAAACUUAAAUUGAAUGUUUGAGUAUUCUAAAAACGACCUGUUUAAAGUUCAAAAUUGCAGUGUAAUAUUUUCACCCUCAUUAAGAAGGACUAAAAAUAAGUUCAACCUAUUAUUAAUCGAGUCUCUCAUGAAAUUUGAUCAUGUACUUUCUAAAAACUGCUACGUAAUGUUUUGUUUUAAUAAAUGAGACGUUAAUCGACAGUGAAUUAGAACCUUUUUAAUAAUUCCAAUCAGACUCUUACGAGAGAAGGACCCCAAGUUCCAAAUUCUUUUUCCAAUGAAACUAGGUGGACUAUAUGUAAUUGAUGAUGCUGAUUCGAAUAUGAACAUCGGAAUUGUCCUUAGACUUUUGUUGACCGGUUUUGUAGAAAAUGGAUCUCCAGAAAAUCAGGGACCAAAUCCAGAACAUUUGUCAUUUUGUAGAGGACACAAAACUGUCUAUAUUCUAUAAGUUUUCGAUUUUCAAAACAGAGGAAAAUUUCCCAGAAGAGUGGCUACGCUGUUUUUGGUGGUAAACUGUUGUAUCAGAAUUUUGCAAAAAUCAUAGGACUAAAAAACUAAAACUUAUGGAACGUAGACAGUUUCGUGUCCUGUACAAAAUGGUCGAUUCAGAAAAACGUUCCGGAGUUAGUUCCUGGUUUUCUGAAGAUCCAGUUUACAGAAAAUUGGUCAACAAAAGUCUACAGACAAUUCCGAUGUUCGUAUUCGGAAUCAGCGUUAUCAAUUACAUAUAGUCCAUCUAGUUUCACUGGAAUAAUGAUUUGUAAUUUGAGGCUUUUCCCUUAGACAGUUAGACACUUCUUAAGAUUAUCUUACUUAGAUCUUAUAAGAUAUUACCCUUUAAGAUCUUGAUAAGUUUUGACGACUCUAUCUCCAGUCAACCUUUUUUCUAUGCUCAUGCAAGUAUGUCGAUAACAUCGAAAAUAACGUAAUUUUUUAUAGUGUUAUAUUUCUUUCAGAUUUUGCGACUACAAAAGGCAAAAGGGUUCAAUAACUUUUUACAAAGGAUGGGGUGCAAGUCGAGGCCCAUGGAAUCCGACACACGCAAAUUUGAAAUUUCUCUUCAUUUUUAAAAUCUGUUUAAAUGUUACUUUAAACAGUGUAAAUUAGAUACUGAAAAAGCCUUAGUGAAUCGUCAAUGAAUGCUAUAAACAAAAUGUCAUUGAUCUUAUCAUCAAGAUCCUAAUAGAUUCUGAACUAAUUUUGAAAAAAUCUUAGACAAUAUAAUCGUAGGAAAAGCUUAUCAAAUCUUAAAAUUUUUCGAAUAUCAUGUUUGUGUAAGAUCUCACGAGGGAACCAUCUGAGGUGAUACCUCCCGUUUUCAUUCAUUCAUAUCUCAUUUAGUUGAGUAUAUUGAGAUAGUAAAAACCCUAA